UAUUAUAUGUUGCUAUUAAGAUUGUUUUAGUGACUUCAAGUAAUAACGGUGUCAAACUAUCAGAAUAUCAGACCGAUGAAAUGAGUAAUUUAAAAGAAUUACAUAAUAACAUAGACUUAAAAAAAUAUAAUUCUAUGAAAGAAAUCAAUGACCCGAUAGAGAGAUAUAUUUUAAAUAAUAACAAAUUUCAACCAAACGAAGGUAGAAGAGUAAUAAAAUAUACGAUUACUAAAAUACCUAUAGAUGAGGAAAACGUCGUUAAAAAUUUUAAUAAUGAUGCUUAUAGAACAGGAUUCGAAAAAUAUGUAUUAAAUAAUCCUAAUGGAAUACAUAUUGAUGAUAAUGGAGAAGAAAGUAAAAUUAAAACUACUUAUAUUUGGCGAGAUAGUCAAUCUGCGAAUGACGUUAAUAAAAUAAUUCCAAUAUCAGUAGACAAAGAACAAAUUGUUGGUAGAGAUAUUUCAAGAAUACAAAGUAUGUCUCAAAAGGAAGAACAAAAGAAUCAGGAUAUGAGUAUAACAACCCAAGGUAAGCAGUGGGAGUCGAAUGAAGAUAUAAAGAAUCUUUUCAAGUUCGCAGAAAUUCGAAAAACACACGAACCAGCUAUUUUUACCGAAACUGAAUUACUGAGUACUUUAAAUUCGGCAACCGGUGGAUCUCAGAAAAAGCUGGAUACUUCCUCAGUAACUUCCUAUUUAGCAAAUGAAAAUAGUCAGGGUCGAAAUAAUUCAAAGAUAUAUGUAGAUUACGUAAUAGAUAAUCAACGUACGCAUGAAUUUUAUCCCUGGAACAAGGUAAUGCUUGAAUCCAAAGCAAAUCAACUAAAUUUAAAAGGCAAUUACAAAGAUAAUAAUAUAUUACAACAAGAAGUAGUAUAUGGACAACCAACAAGUUAUAUAACGCCAUAUGAAAUGGCUAAAUUGUAUGACUCUAGGUCAAAAAUGAAAAAUGAUCUAUUAUAUAAAAUAGACUUACAACAAGAAGAAAAUAAUGAACGUCUAUUAAACCCUAGUACAGAUACGCAGAGCAUGUCUAGAUUAGGGUUCGAGGAAAGAAAUAACCAAGACACAAGUAUAAUAUCGCAAACAAAACAUUGGGAGCCGAAAGAAAACAUAAAUAAUCUUCUCAAGCUAUCAGAAACUCGUACGAUGCAAGGACGCGAACCAGUCUAUACCCAAACUGAAUUGCUCAAUGACUUGAAAACUGCUCCAGAUCGAUCUCAGAAAAUUACAACUACACCAACAGCAAAGUCAUAUUUAGCAAAUGAAAAUAGACAAGGUCAAAAUAAUUUAAAAAUAUAUGAAAAUUACGUAAUAUAUAAUCAAAGUACGCGCGAAUCUUAUCCCUGGAAUAAGGUGAUACUUGAAUCAAAAGCAAAUCAAAAUUUAAAAGAUAAUAAUAUAAUACAACAAGAAGUAGCGCCUGGACCACCAAAGGGUUAUAUAGCGCCAUAUGAAAUGGCAAAAUUAUAUGAAUCUAGGUCAAAAAUGAACAAUGAUCGAGUAUAUAAAAUAGACUUACAACAAGAAGAAAAUAAUGGAAGUCUAUUCAACCCCAAUACAGAUGACUUAAUACGAAAUAAAACAGAUACCCAAAGUCUGCAAAAUGUUCAAUCGAUUUUAACACUUAACAGUCCAGCAAAAGAGUUGAUUCUAUCAAAUGAUGAACUUCUAUCAAAUGACAAUACCCAUACUAAAAAAAUAUAUGAAACUGAUUCUAUAGUCCAGUCAAAUGAUAUAUUAAAAUUAAAACCCAUUCAUAGAAACUGGAAGGAUUCACCAAAUUAUAACAAAUCAGAAUUUUACACUAAAACUCCAUUUGAACAUCAAGACGAAGAUGACGCUGAACAUAUUAUGAACGAAAAUGGUUAUAAACAAUACCUAAAAAUCUAUCUGAACCAAGUGUUCUCAAAUGUUGCAGUGACAAUUGAUUACAUACAAAAACUGUUAAACCUAGAUGAGACUUAUUUGUAUAAUAUUUUGCAAGAAUAUGCCCAGUUGUCUAUAUCUAUAUUCGACGUAUUAGCAGAAAUUGACAAAUAUUAUAGUUUAAUAAAUCACCGUUCACAUCAAAAUUCUCUCGCAAUAUUAAAAAAAUAUAAAAUCGAUGACUACAAACAUGACAACGGCAAUAAAGCAACGGAACACCUAGUCAAUUUGGUAAAAAAAUACGAAUCGAUGAACUUAGAAGUGAAUAGGGACCCAAAACAAGUAUUCGAUGACAACAUAUAUACUUCAAGGCGUAAUGAAAUUUACACCCAAAGUCCGACGAAUAAACACUCCAAUUUACAAUUUAAAACAUUCCAACUUAAAGAACAGAAUGUACCAAUAUUGCGGGACAAUAUAGAUAUUAAAAACAAAUACGAAACUGAUAUUAUACACCAGUCAAAUGACGCAUUGAAAUUAAAGCAAAUUUAUGAAAAAUGGAUGUUAUCAAACUAUAGCAAACCAACUGACAUAAAUUAUAAAACUACAUUAGAGUUUCGCGACGAACAUGACGAUGAUCAAAAAUUGAAUAGAAUAGCUUUUAAAAAAUAUUUGAAUAUCUUUUUAAGCAAAGUAUUCUUAAAAGUAUCGCUGACAAUAGAUUUUAUACAAAAGCUAUUAAGUCUUGACGCUCUUAAUUUAAAUGAGAUUUUGAAAGAGUACGCACAUAUGUCUAUAACAAUGUUUAACGCAUUAGAAAAAAUCGACACAUACUACAGUUUAAUAAAUCACUGUUCCCAUCAAGAUUUUCUCGCAAUAUUGCGAACAAAUAUAAUCGAAGACCACAAAAAAGAGAUCAAUGACAAAACUGCGGAAAAUAUUGUAAAUUUGAUAAAAAAAUACAAUUCCCAGAUACCAAAAGUGAAAAAUCACCCAGAAUUUGUAACAUACUUAGAAACAUCAAACAAAAAAGAUCCUUUAUUAAAUGUCAAUACACAUAAUUCAAAUCGCGAUGGUUUGGUUACCAACAGCUCCUUAGAUCUUGAAUCUGACAUCAAAAAUGACAAUCAACCUUCAGCAAGUAAAAGAAUGCCAUACGUAAUAGAAAUAUUCAAACAAGAACUAGAAAAGGAGCCUAAAAAUGAUUUGCGAUUUAAGGAAAAAAACGAACAUCUAUUGUACAACAGUACAGAUAUUAUAAAAAACAAUGAAACUGAUAAUUUACCCCAAUCAAUUAAUGAUAUAUUAAAACGUUAUGAUAAAAAACAAAAGAAUUUACCAAACUACAACAAAUCAAAUGAAUUUAAUGAUAAAAUUCCAUCAGAUGAGCACAAAUUGAAUAACAAUGACUUAGAUAUACUAUUUCAAAUUAAAGAAAACAUGCAGCAUUCUAAAGACAUUAACUAUAAAUCAAAUAAUAGCAAUGAAAACAUAUUCAAUGAUAAAAUGAACUAUCUCAAUAAGCUUUACCUUAAAAUGUAUUUGAACAAGGAGCUCACAGCGUUGAAAAAAAGGAUAGAAUUAAUGCAAAAAUUGUUAAGCCGUUACAUGAUGAAUUUAUAUGAUAUUUUGGACGAAUAUACACAAAUACCUACAACAAUGCUUGACUUAUUAACAGAAAUCGAUAAAUACCAUCGUAUAAAAAAUGACAUUGCAAAUCAAGACAUAAUAGAAGAUUAUAAACUUGAUAACGAUGAUAUAAAUAUUGAGAGUAUAGUUAAUUUGAUGGGAAAAGACGUCUCCAAGCCGAAUUUAUUUCCUUUUAACUUAAAGGAUAGCUUCGUGUCAUAUAAUAGUAAUCUAGGCAACUCAAAUUGCAAUAGAGAAGAGGCUGCGGAUGUUAUUAUGAAAUAUUCAUUAAAUUUGGCAAAUCAACUAAGCAGUAUAGGUUGUUUCAAAAAAAAUUAAACAUAAGGAAGAUAAAUAUUACAUCUAAUCAAACUAUAAUUGGUAAUAAGUUCAUUGUAUGGGUGUUGGACUUGGGUAGAAGGAUAAUAAUAUGUAAUUAUAACAGUAUUUUUAUUAUGAAACAAUAAACU